AGCUCUGGCGCAGUGUACACCAUGAGUGUUAUAGACUACCUCCUAGUUCCAGUGCUUAUCGGGUCAGUUCUCGCUACAGAUCCGCUGCUGGUGGAACUGCCUCGUGGGAAACUACGGGGACGCGAUAACAAAGAAUAUUACAGUUACGAAUCGAUUCCUUAUGCGGAGCCACCUCUCGGCAAGCUGCGAUUUGAGGCACCAAAGCCCUAUGCUCGCCCAUGGAAGGAAGUAUUUGAUGCUACCACGCCUCCCGUGUCCUGCAUUCAAUGGAAUCAGUUUGUCGAAGGCGCAGAUAAGAUGAUCGGUAGCGAGGAUUGUCUGACUGUAAGCGUGUACAAGCCAAAGAACUCGAGUCGCAGCUCGUUUCCAGUUGUAGCAAAUAUUCAUGGCGGUAUCUUCAUGUUUGGUGGACCCGCAGAGCAGGAACAUGAGUCGAUAAUGGCCAGUGGAAAUGUGAUUCUCGUGAAGAUUGCAUACCGACUAGGUCCGAUAGGUUUUCUCAGCGCAGGCGACGCUACAUUGUCGGGAAACUUUGGACUCAAGGAUCAGCGCUUGGCUCUGCGUUGGAUCAAGCAGAACAUAGCUCGCUUUGGAGGAGAACCAGAGAAUAUAAUGGUGCUUGGUCACUCUGCUGGUGGUGCGUCGGUACAUCUACAGAUGCUGCAGGAGGAGUUCAGCCAGUUGGCAAAGGUGGCUGUGUCACUCAGUGCGAAUGCUCUUGAUCCUUGGGCUGUGCAACAAGGAGCACGUCGACGCGCCUUUGAGAUGGGUCGCAUUGUGGGUUGCGGCUUGCAAAGCGACUCUGUGGAACUCAAAAAGUGCCUGCAGUCAAAGGAUGCCUCAGAAAUAGUCGGAGCUGUGUCGCAGUACCUGGUCGUUGACUAUGUGCCCAUUAACCCGUUUGGGCCAGUGGUGGAGCCAGUCGAUGCGCCUGAGUCUUUUCUCACUCAGUAUCCCAUUGAUAUCAUUAAGAGUGGAAAGUUUUCAAAAGUUCCUUGGCUCGUUUCUCAUACCCAAGAGGAUGGUGCUUACAACGCAGCUGCUCUCUUGGCUAAGCAGCCCAAUGGAAAGGAGCUGAUCGACCAGCUCAACCAGCGCUGGUUCGAGUUGGCGCCUCUCUUAUUGUUCUAUCGUGACUCUAAGAAAACAGUUGACGAAAUGGAUGCUUACUCUCGUGAUCUACGACAACAGUACUUGGGGAAUCGAAACUUCAGCGUUGAGAAUUAUUUGGACGUACAGCUUUUAUUUACAGAUCUGAUAUUCAGGAAUGGAACCCUACGAUCCAUAGAUCUGCAUCGUAGGCAUAGCAAGAGUCCCAUUUACUACUACGUCUAUGACAAUCCACCUGUCCAGGGCAUUGCGCAAGUUUUGUCCAAACGCAAUGAUAUUGAUUUUGGCACAGCACAUGGGGAUGAUUAUGUUCUAAUGUUUGCCAAGCCCAACAGUCAGUCCCGAGACGAGAAGAUGAUUUCUAAUAAUUUUAUACGCAUGCUGGAAGGCUUUGUUCAAAGUGACAAAGCAUCGUUGACCUAUGACAAUUGUGUGUUCGAAGAUAAUGUUGGCCAAGGUAAACUUCAUUUGGUCCACAUAAAGUCCGACUCCUGUGAAAAAGUAGAAGUCAAUUCCAUACGUUAAAAAUAAAU